GAAACCCUUGACAACCGAGACAACUACACACUACGAGGACUUCAGUGAAACAACACAUCAAAAUAUUUGAGAAAUUCAGUGUUUGUAAAAUGGAGUCCGACAGCCUUCACCUAUGUAUUGACUAUGUUGGAAGUAGCGGAGUUGUUCUUAGCCCAGAGCAAAAAGCAUGUUUACAAACAUCUUUGGUAAUUUUGAAAAGUGAAAGCAAAUUGAAGAAAGUUUAUUUCUGGGGGAAAAUUAUUGGAAUCAAAGAUGACUAUUUUAUAGCACAAGGAACUGGAAAUGAUGAAAUGGCAGAUAGAAGGACAUACUACAGCAAAGACUGUGUAAACUGGGGUCUUCUUCCACCAGCAACUAAGCAGAUGAGAGAGCAGAGCAAGCUUGCUAAAGGUAGAUUCACUGGUGACCCAUCAUUUGAAUUUGAACAUGUAGAAACAAAGAAAGUAGGUGAAGGUGAAGAUGCCACUGAAGAAGAAGAGACGAUAACCAUUAAAGAAGAAGACAGACUCUCCUCAGUUAUAGCUGAGAUUGACGAGGAUGUUUGUAUGGUACCAAGGGGUGCUUUUAUCAAAACACCAACAGGCAUUGUUAAACCAAACAGAAGCUUUGAAGGUUUGACUGUAUCAGAGGCUGCCAAGUUAUGCUCAUACAUGCACUUCAGAGACGCUAAAAUUCUCAUGGAGAAAUCCCUUCUUCACAAAGCUAACCUCGACAAAUCUAUUGACUUUAUGGACACAUUAGAAGAUGACAUUCCUAAAGGUUCCUGGAGUCUGCAGUUUGAGCGUGGAAGUGGUUUGGUUUGUCUGCGAAGUACCUUGUGGUUAGGAUUUGUUUUUUACCAUGUACCUGGAACCAAAAAGUUUGGCUCAGUUUACUGCGGUACCGGAGAGAAGAAUUCAGAUUUACCUUUCAUGUUGUAACUUUGUGUACGCUAUAACUAAACUAAAGAAAAAAUCUGUGAACAAUUAGAAAGUGUUGUUUUAAAAAUGUAAAUAAGUGAUCAAACAAUAGUAAUGAUGUAAUACAAAAUAAAGUUUUGUUGCACUCUUUUACUUCUCACAAAACUUCAAACAAGAUCAGUGUGAGAACAAUAAUUAUGAGAUUAACAACAUGGACAACAGUCAACACAUCAUCAAAGUUGGAUAGGAAUUUCUGUGAUAUAUGACAAUUCGUUACUGAUAUACAAAAUGUAGUUCUAAUUUAUAUUGUUUUGUAUUAUUCUACUUGAAAGCAUUUUUUUCUGUUCUUCUCAUUUGUCAGAAUAGAAUAUACAUGUUCAUACUUUAAAAUUAAAUUUAUCCUCAAAAUAUUA